GACCAAGCCUCUUGCCCUGCAAGAUUCUCUACCAUCCCCUGCCUUAUCUAUCAUGUCUGGUUUUAGGUUAGUUAAGUACCUCCUCCACAUUGAAAUUCAAUUGGCUCAUGAACAUUAGUGCCGAGGUGGUUGUAUUUAAUUAAAGUUUUAUUAAAAAGAAACAGCGAAAGGCACACAGAGGACUAACAUGGGUACAUUUAAAAAUCGACACAGAGUGACUCAAAGGAAUCAGAGGUUCAUUUAAAAACAACUCUAGUCUGCGCUCAACUCAGUGGAGGAGUUGGGGUACAUGGCUAGUUUAGGUUGACAUCUAGUUAGUUCAAUAUGAAGGAUGCUUUCCUGCCCCUUUGACAGCAUUUGGUUCAAACUACAGAGAAGCAAAGGACUGUAUGUUCUGGAAUAAGUGACCUCCAAGACACCAUGGGGAGGGUGGGGUACACCUCUGCUCGAAACCCGGGGCUGGUGCCAUGUGGCUGACACCCUGGGCGUUCCCUGUCAUAUGGUCGAAACAAGUGGAGGAUUCUAUCUGGCUUGUUGGCUGGCAGGUGAGAUACAAGCAAAGAUUUGUAUAACUAAAACAAGAUAGGCUGUGGUCUUUCGUUUCAAAUGGGAACAAAUGAGCCAUAGUGGGCAGAACAAGCAAGGGGGGAGACCCAAAAGCACGAGAUAGCGAGAUCCAAUUGGCGUGUUCUAGCAACAUUUGCAUAUUUCCGUUGGGGAACGCCUACAAGAACUCGAAACGCCUUUGCACCCCGUCUAAAUGCAAAUUUAAAAUAAAUAAACAAAACUUUGUAAAAGGGUCAAGUCUACAAAAAAGCCCACUCUGUUUGCAACAUACUUUUGUUUUGGUUACAGAAAACUAUUGAGAUCAAAUGUUUCAUCGAUUAGUAUAUUAACAGGAUGUCGACCCAAAUCCAUCUCGUUCCAUCUUCUCCCACUGCCGGACACUGGGCUUCCUCUCACUACCAUAUUUGAUAGUGAGUGGAAACGCCAACCGGAUGCUUCACAUUUAUACAUCUGGGGAAAUAUCUGUCUCAGUGUUAUGUGAUACAAGCUAGCUAACUAAGUAUUUAAUAGCAACACGUGAACGUUACCAAUAAGACAGAAAGCGAGCAAGCUACUUCAGAUCAUACAAUUAAAUAACUGAAAAAUGAACAGCCAUAUGAUGAGAUCACUGAACUGACAUUAGCUAACGUUAUCUUGCUAAGCUGCCAGCUAGGUAGCUGCUUUCUCUUCGCAAAACGUUUUGCCGGGGCAGCCAUGCUGACCACCUUAAUGGACGGCCUCCUCUGCUGCCUGACGGGGAAGUCGGCCAACGUUGUGGUUCCCAUAGAAACCUCAGAACCCGCUGACGGCUACGAGUUUGUGGAGGUCAAACCGGGUCGCGUCCUGAGGGUCCGACAUGUCAUUCCGGAACGGGAGGUGGAGGAAGAGCCCAGCGGGCCAGGGGGAAGCGUCCACUGCAAGAGGAAGAUCACAGUGUAUCGUAACGGACAGCUACUGAUCGAAAACCUGGGGGAUGCGGUGAGACAGGAGCGGUUACAUGCUCCGAACGGAGAAGCAGAACCCAACUGUACGGUAGAGGUAGAACUCGCAGACCCACCUUCCAAUCCAACUCCCAAUUCUGACACCAAAGUGGACAAGACAGGGUCAGUGGUUGGGACAGGGGGACUUGGGGCAGGGGGAGCAGCAACAGCUCCAGAUCUGACCCAGCAGCCCCGGAAGCGACGGCGGAAGCCCAAGCGCACAGUGGUGAUCGACAGCGAGAGGAAGAUCACAUCGUGUAAGGGGACACACGCGGACGUGGCACUGUUCUUUGUGCAUGGUGUGGGUGGCUCGCUGGACAUCUGGGGCAGUCAGCUGGACUUCUUCUUCCGUCUGGGCUAUGAGGUCAUCGUACCAGAUCUGGUAGGUCACGGGGCGAGCUCGGCGCCCCAGAUCGCGGCGGCAUACACGUUCUAUGCCCUGGCCGAGGACAUGAGGGCCAUCUUUAAGAGAUAUGCACGGAAAAGGAACAUUCUCAUCGGACACUCUUAUGGUGUGUCAUUCUGUACAUUCCUGGCCCAUGAGUACCCGGACCAGGUCCACAAGGUGGUGAUGAUAAACGGAGGAGGCCCCACAGCCCUGGAGCCCAGCCUUUGUUCCAUCUUCAACCUGCCUACCUGCAUCCUGCACUGCCUCUCCCCCUGCCUCUCCUGGAGCUUUCUCAAGGCUGGAUUUGCCCAUCAGGGUGCAAAGGAGAAGCAGCUGUUGAAAGACAACAAUGCUUUCAACGUGUCCUCCUUCGUGCUGCGUGCCAUGAUGAGUGGCCAGUACUGGCCAGAGGGCGACGAGGUGUACCAUGCAGAGAUCACUGUGCCCAUCCUACUGGUGCACGGCAUGUACGACAAGUUUGUGCCCGUGGAGGAGGAUCAACGCAUGGCAGAGAUCUUGCUGCUGGCCUUCCUGAAGAUAAUCAAUGAGGGCAGUCACAUGGUGAUGAUGGAGUGUCCCGAGAGCGUCAACACCCUCCUGCACGAGUUCUUCCUCUGGGAGCCAGACUCCGCUCCUAAAUCUAAACCACGAUCUGAAACCGCCAAUGCCCCCACUGCAUCCAACGGGGGAGCAACUUCCGAAAGCCAAGUCAAGAAUAAGUAGCCCAUAGAAGGAUGGAUGUGUGUUAUUGACUCCAAUCAAAGCUUGCACAGUGAUGUGUACUGUCUACCAUGGCUGGUAGUGCUAGGCGUGUCUCCUCUGGUGCAGGGAGCUGGUUUGAGUCGGUUUGAACUGGUCUGGGCUGGUUUUGAGCUGGUUUAAUAUUGAGAUUUGAGGAGGUGGAACACAGUACACAGGGACAGAUGGGUCCAUAUUUGGUCUAAGUCUGAGCCACUGCACUACAUCAGAGGAAGGACAAGAGGGAUGCGAGGAGGGACGGAUAGAUGGACGUCAAUGACGUUGACCGUGGAGGUCUAUUGUAUUGUUCUGAUUGAGUGACUGAUCCCUGACUGUGCCUUGGGGUGACGUGGGGCUGAAGAGGUGCUGAGUUGUAGAGGUGGACCUGAUAAUGUUAUUGGUUUUGUGUGGUACACCUCUAGUUGCACAAUGGGUGGAAAUGUCAAAACAAGGGUGCAUCAGAGAGGGAAGAGAAUGUAUUGGAAGUGGUCAAGUCACACAAGAAGAACGCUUGUUAUACUACUCAAGCCAAAGGUUAGCCAAUGUUUGUGACAAGCAACACCAGAACCAACUUUCUUUUUUUUCUGACUACUUCUUCACAUUUGAAUAUUUGAAACUUCACAACAUUGUGACUCAAGUUGAAUGAGACAUUUGAAAUGAUGUUUGACAAUCAAUGCUGCUUUUUGAGAACGAGCCAACUCCAAUGUAUUUAAAUGCAUUAUUCAAACGCACUUCCCUGUCAGAAUCAUUCCAAAUGACAAGCAAUUUCUUGACAUUGACAAUGUUUUGCUUUGGGAAAUGUUUUGGGGAAAUACCAAUGUGUGACUGUUUUACAAAGUCUCCUUGUGUAUUUUAUGGGGAAACAAAUAUGUUUCCUUUGGCUGCUGGUUAACUGGGAAGUACAAACUGGUAGAUAUCAAUGUGUGUUUUGGGCCCUUUUUAGAAGGAUUAUUUUUCUAGCCGUUUCUUCAUAUUCCUCUACAAAACUAUGCUGAACAAUGAUUGUUUACCUUUUUUUCAGGUAAAAGUGAUAUAAGCUAUGAAAAUGUUUAUUGGUACACCAAAAUAUGGUACACCAAAAAUGUUUGUAAAAUCUGAGAAUUCUUCAAUGCCACCUAGCAAGCUCUGUCAUGUAACUACUGAACAAAAAUGUAAACAAAAAUGUAAAGUGUUGGUUCCAUGUUUCAUGAGCUGAAAUAAAAGAUCCCAAAAAUGUUCUAUAUGCACAA